UGUUAAGCAAACAACGCAGUUACAGAUUUUCACUGUUUAUAUAAUGCAUUAGAAUUUUAGUAUGAAUGAUACUUUAUAAAAAGUAUAUUGAAAAAAUAUAUAUAUAUAUAUAUUCCAUAUUACUAAAAAUAUUAAAUACAUUGUUUAAAAUAUUUGAUGAUUAUAUAAAAGAAAUAUUGCAGGAGUAUUGCAGGAAUUGCAAGAGUACCAAUGGAAAAUUUUAUGUUGUUUGCUUGUCUAUUAGUCACAGUUGUGUGCAAACCUCUAUCAACUGAUGAUAAAAACAAAGAUGGUUUUCAUACAAUAAUCAAAAUAAACAGUCAUCGAGUAAAAUCUAGUACAAUCUCUGGUAAUGAAAAUGUGGAUCUUAUGGAAGGAGAUAUUGUAAAAACUAAAAAACUUUUGUCAGUAAUUGAUAAAAUGAAAAAUAAAGACAAAGAGACGAGCGCAUUUGACGCAAUCCAAAGCGGUGCUUGGCCAAAUGCGAUAGUCCCAUACAUAAUAUCUGACACAAUGACCGAAGAAGAUGUUUCAGUUAUUAAAGAUGCGCUAUAUGAGUUUAUGGAAAAAACCUGCAUAAAAUUUGUUGAAAGAACAACAGAACUGUCUUAUAUUUCUUUUAUUCGAGAUGUAGGAUGUUAUUCACUAAUUGGAAAGCAAGGUGGAAAACAAGACAUUUCUUUAGGGCAAGGAUGCGGGUACAAGGGAAUAGCUUUACAUGAAAUAAUGCACACCCUUGGAUUUUUCCACGAACAAUCUAGAAGAGAUAGGGACUCCUAUAUAAAAAUUAACUAUGAUAACAUAAAAAAAGAUAUGAAGUAUAACUUUGAUAUGUAUAGAGAUGGUGAAGCAUCAACUUUAGAAGAACCGUACGAUAAACAAUCGAUAAUGCAUUACGAUAAUUACGCAUUUAGCAUAAAUGGAUCAAAAACUAUUGAGUCUCUAUCAGAUUCAAAAGAGGUACUUGGACAAAGAACAUCUUUAAGUCAAACUGAUGUAAAACAGCUCAAUAAAUAUUACAACUGCAACUCAACUCAAACAAAUUUGGUUCCAAAUCAAUUUAAAAAACCAACUCCAAGCCCAACAGGAUGCACAGACCGACCUGUUGUCAAAGACUUUUGUUUUAAUGCUAAAAAACAGGGCUGCAAACCAACCAAUUUUAUUAAAGAAAACUGCAAGAAGACAUGCAAUUUUUGCUAAUAUAUUUGCGUACAUACAAAAAAACGUUUUUUCUUUAAUAUUUAUUUAAGGUAGCCAAAGUAAUAUAUAUUCAGAAUAUAUUUGAUUUGAUUUGA